CGGCUUUAAUUUUUUGUCAUCUACCUCCAUUGGAGGCAACCGCACAGCUUGACACUUGUCGCCCUGCCCCAGUCAACGGCCCUUCACUGUUGCCGUCUUCCUCUUCGCAGCCCGCCCUUUCGCCUCGACGCGGUUCAUCACUCCUAACGAGUGUGACGCUUUCGCCCCGGCGGGUAUUUGAAUCGAGCCUUUUCUUUCUCCCGGUCCCCCGCAAAUUCGACGCACUACUUGGCGAGCUUUUUGGAAACCUUUGCCUUCGCGCAUCCCACGCGACCAAAUAACAUAAUAAUCGAACGCACGACCCGGCCGCCGCUUCCCCUGUCGACGCUCCAUCGCAACCGCCCCGGCAACCGCGUCGAAGCCAGUCGAAGAUCCAAGGCAGUGAUAGUUCCAGCCGUGGACGGUCACUGCAAAUACACGAAUCCCAAGCCGGCAGGAUGAACAAUCGUCAUCUGCCGGCUGGGCAAGCCAUGCCGGGGGUUGGAGGUGCUGGAGGAGUUGAUAUGGGUGGCGGGCCUGGAGGAGGUAACAGGCGGAGGAUGCAGCAGCAACCGACAUACGCGCAGUAUCAGCAGCAGCAAUACCAACAGCAGCACAUGCCCAUGUAUCCGAACUACAUGAACCCCUACGCCGCGGCGCCGUACUACCAUCAGCUGCCGCAUCAAUACCAGAACGGCGGCAUGCCUUCAGGCUACAUGCACUACCAACAACAGCAGCCCUACGUUCGGUCACCACAGGCGAUGCCUCAGUAUGUUCCCAUGGCCGGCGUCAGCGUUCCACAGCCGUACACCCAGCCGCCUCAACCGUCUCCUGCGCUGUCGACGCCCUACCAACCGCCUCCUAUGCCCACUGCCAUCCCUGUUCAGUCGCCGCCGCCGCCUCCUCCGCCUCAGCCCAUUGAGCCGACUCCUGAGCCUUCGGUGGUUGCGCCUUCAGUUGUCGCCUCUUCAGUCGUUUCGUCUUCAGUUGUUACGCCUUUUGCCGAGCCUUUCCAUCCUUCAGUACCUGCCGCCCCAGUCCCGCAGAGUCCGGAGCUUCCUAAACAGAACAAGGAAUUCCGGGCACCGCCAAAGCUCCCGUGGACGCCACCUGACCAGGCGCCGUUUCCGAGGAGAGCUCCCAAGUCAAGACGGCGAAGAAGAUUGAUGAGCGCAAACGCUCAAGAUCUGACACUGCCCGUGGAACAACAUGAAGGCGCGUUGGAGUCCAACGCUUCGGCCAGUCAGUUGCCCGCUGAGGUAAGUGCGACUGAGGUGCACGAUGCGACGCCUGGCUCGGCAGUGAAGGCCCAAUCCAAGAAGACGGCAUUCUGGAACUCGAAGGACACCGACUCAGAGAGCGCCACUCUCCACGCUGAUUCCUUGACUUCUGAGACACCUAAGGAGAGUGACAGAUCGGCAACCAGUGUGUCAAACGCGGGUAGCCCUAAGGCAAAUGCGCCUGCCUCAGACCGUGCCGCACCCCAGACACCCAAGGAAAGCGCGAGACCCACGACAAGCUCCUCCAACGUUUCUGCCUCUCGCCCUGCUGUUCCCAUCAUCCCGGUUGUUCCCGUUCUUCCCAGAAGUAGCCCCAAGGAGACCAAGCCCGCUAGUAUCAGCAAGUCUGUAGAAGAGCCGAAGCAGCCCGCAACCCAGGAGACCAAGUCUGCAGAGGUAGCGGAGACAACAGAUGCCACCGGUGCGGAGCAGAAGGCCGGUGACCAACCGGCGGCCCCCGUGAAGGCAGCCCCGAAGACGUGGAGCGGUCUCUUCUCUGCUGCGGCUGCCGCAGCUUCCAAGUCCCAGCCCAGUGCCGAUGACCCUGUUGCUCCGGCGGCGACCAACGGAGCGGCCACGAAUGGGGAUGGUGCGGUCAAUGGUGGUGCUUCCAGCUUUUCGGCGGGAAACACAAACUCUCUUGCUGCUGCUAUCCAGGACUUCCGCGUCAGCAACCCUGCCAAGGUCCAGUUCAUCGAGCCCAGAGGCCUCAUCAAUACCGGCAACAUGUGCUAUAUGAAUUCAGUUUUGCAAGUUCUCCUGUUCUGUGCACCGUUCUACAACUUCCUGGACCAGGUCAGCAAGAGAGCCGUCCACAAGUUCAAGAGCGAUACGCCCGUCAUUGACGCCAUGAUCAUGUUCAUGAGAGAGUUCCGGGUUAUCGACGCAACCGAUUCAGUCGAGAAACUUCGCCGCAAGCUCAAGAGCGAACAACUGGAGCAAUACGGCGAAUCGUUCAUUCCGGAGUUUGUCUACAAGGCUAUUCAGCCCCUCCCAGCGUUUGCGAGCAUGAGGCGCGGUCACCAGCAAGAUGCCCAGGAGUUCCUUGGCCUGAUUUUGAAUGCCAUUGACGAAGAGUGCGCCCAGGUCAUGUCAGCCGGUGGUCUCGCCAAUGGCUCUGCCGAAACGAGGCCGACAUCCUCUGCUGCCAGCGCUGUUGAGUCAACUGACGGCGCGGAGGGAUGGUUUGAGGUUGGAUCCAGACAGCGGGCUGUUGAGACGCGCUCAUCUGGGGCCAGCUCGACAACGCCCAUCACUCGACUUUUCAGUGGACAGUACCGCUCGGAGCUUCGUCGUCCUGGUGUCAAGGAUUCGGUUACCACCGAACCCUUCCAGUCGCUGCAGCUUGACAUCGGCGCUCCUUACAUUCACAACGUUGUAGAUGCCAUCAAGGGGUUGACGGUGCCUGAGCGACUGCAAGGCGAUGCUGCCCCUAUGACAAAGCAGACGCUGAUUGAGACGCUUCCCCCCAUUCUUAUCCUUCAUCUCAAGCGCUUCAAGUUCGACACCGAGGGAACCACGAAGAUCGGGAAAAAGGUUGGUUACCCGCUCGACUUGCAGCUUCCGGUCGAGGUUCUUUCCAAAAGACGACGCAACGCGCUUGUUGCAGAGGGUGCGCCCAUGCCAAAGUACAGACUGAUCGGCGUCGUCUACCACCACGGCAAACAAGCCAACGGCGGCCACUACACGGUGGAUGUGCGACGGCAAGACGACAGCGAGUGGAUCCGGCUUGAUGAUACGGUCAUCCGACGGGUCCGUAGCGAAGAUGUAGCUGAGGCCGGUGCCGAGGAGGAGGUCAAGGAGACUGGCCGAUCCGGCCCUGCCUCUCGCGACGCAUCGGCCAACCGGUUCGGUGCCAUGGCCGAUGAGGACGAGGGUGACGGUUGGAAGGAGGUCACGACAUCUGCUAGGGGCGGUGACAAGAGCGGUGAGAAGAAAUGGAGCGCUGUCGCCAACGGCAACGGCCUUGCUCCCAAGGGCAAGCCGGCCAAGGACAACAUCAAGGAUAACAAGGUCGCGUAUCUGCUAUUCUACCAGCGCAUCUGAGAACCAAGAGGAGAUGGGGUCAGAGAUCGAAAGAAAAUCCCCGUGCUGACGGCGCGUGGGGAUGAACGAUUAAGAGAGGCGGCGCUUCAACCUCGACAGCUUUACCAACCAUACGGAACAACGACAGGAUAGUGGUAGAGGGGGUGCCUCUACGAUGCCGCGAUGUUCCGGUAUCUAAUUUGACUACACAUAUUCACGGCGGUGUCGGUUGGAAGGGCUUUUAUUUUUCAACAUCCCGGCGAGACAGGAACAGAAAAGUUGAUCGGAGUCAUCUGCAGAAUGUCGCGGAGGCUUUCUUAUGACUAACUGGUGGUCUGGACAGGUGGUGGUUAACAAACAGGAGAGGAGGGACGCAGGUGAGGUGAGGUGGCAUGGUUGGGGUGAAUCGGGAGCAAAGGUGUUAGUUGGGUGUGUCUCGGCGAUCGGCCACACUUAAGGGAGGGGGAGAAGACUGAGCCGAAAAGCAGGGAGGAGGGGGUGAGCGAUGAAGGAAUCAAUGAAGCCAAACAUGGGAUGUAGUGUCCCUGUAAAAAUAAAACCCCAUUGAUGAUAAACAUACCGAGCCCUAGUCGUUGUGGUGCGAGAUGCUUAAGGUGCUGGCCAUAUAGGAAUGUGUGAGUG